AUGCAGCUCCUCAAGCUCGGUGCCCUCGCCGCUCUGGCGCAGACCAUCUCGGCCGCCCACAUCUACAUCAAGACCACCAACCCCCCGGCCAACAAGUACGUCUCGCACUGCACCGUCAUCAUCGACGACGAGCUGUUCGGCUGCUCGGGCAGCUCGGAGCCCUUCUCCAAGGGCUGCGGCGGCAACCGCGGCACCAGCACCAAGUCGAUCUGCAAGACCGCGCAGGUGACCGUUGACUGGGACAACGGCAAGCUCGAUUUCACCAACGACAGCGGCGACCACGCCAACUGCACGCUCAGCACGACGCAGCAAUGGGGCGAGUGUGACACGACCGACCCCAACAAGUACCCCAAGGUCGAGGACAACGGCGCGGCCAGCAGCCUCUUCGGCGCCGGCUCUGCCAUCGCUGGGCUGGGCUCGCUCGCCGCCGGACUGAUGAUCUAG